AUGACCGCUCGGCGGGGCGCUGGGGCGUGGCCGAUCCGGCAUGCGCUGCAGCUGAUGCUCGCGAUGCUUGUGCUGCAGCCGCUGCUGCUUCUCAUUACACUCGUCGACUUUGCGCGUGUGUGGCCCGAUGCGGUGGACGCACUGCCGAUGAAGGCGCUCGUCAAGGUCUCCCAGGUCCUGCGCCCCGGCAUUGGGCGCGAGGCGCCGGCGACGGCGAGUGCGCUCCUGCGCGAGAGCGCGCUGGCCCUCCAGGGCGUGUUUAUUACACAGGCGUGGUACAGCGCGCGCCUCGCGAGCUGGCACGCGGUCGCCGAGGGAUACGAACAGGGCCUCGCCAAGGCCGAGGCCCGGAGCAAGGCGCACUCUGUCUCGCAGCAGCUCGAGCGCAUCGUGCUCACGUCGUGCGCGGCGCCGCUGCUGUGGUGCGCGUCGCUGCUCGUGAUUGUCCUGUGCGGCGCACCGGUCGAGGCGCACUUUGGAGGCACGGCGGUGCUCGCCGCGUACCUCGCGCUCCUCGUCCUCUUUCCGGUAGUGCACAUCCUCGGCGCGCCGCCGUCGGCGAUGUGGACGCGCGUGCUUGCCGCACCGUCGCUCGCGGCCCCGCGCGAGGUGCUGGUGCUCCUGCCCGCGGCCGUGAGCCUCGUCGGGGCGCUCGGCGGGGGCGCCGCGCUCGCGCUGGACUGGGGCCGUGCAUGGCAGACGUGGCCGCUGCCGUGCGUGUACGGCGCGGCCGGGGGGCUGCUGGUGGGCAACGUGCUUGCUAUGGGUGCAUGUGCCUACCAGAUCAACGCACAGGUGCGUGCCAAGGCCCUGGAGGCGUCCGAGCCCCCCCAGGCGCCCGCCGUACCGCCCGCCGCUGCGAAAGCGCGUCGCCGUAGAAAACACUAG